CAAGCCUCAACUCAUGAACAUGUCAAGCCAAAUGGAUAGACUCAUUUUCACUACCCUGUUGAUUUUAAGCUGUUUCACAUUUGUCUGCGUCCAUGGAAGAAGUCAAGGUAAAGCAUAACACUUAUUUUAAUCUUGUUUAAUGACUUUCAAGAUGGCAUGAAGGUAAAUUUCCAGUGGAUAUAAGUCAUUAGCUGAAGGUAGAAAAGUGCCAGAUAACACCCUAUACUACACUGUCAUUGUGUAGUUUUUUUUAAAUAUACUGUAUCUUUCAUUUAUAGGAUGUUCGCAUAUAGUGUAUAUAAAUUGGCCAGUAAAGUGAAUACAAACUAAAUACCCUGGUGUAAUGCCUCAAAUAGUAGUAGUAAAUUAAUCUAUCUUAAGAUAUAAAGAUCAGAAAACACUACAAAGCUGCACUGUAAAGAUAACAUUAUGGCCAUUAGCCUACACGUUUUGAUUAUUGUUUUUUUUAAGGCAAAUACGGCAUUUGAAUGUAGUAUCUGACAAAAGUAUGAUGGACUUAAAAGUCACGUCAUAUACAGAAAUAAAGAAAAAAAAAAUAUAUUUUUUUUUCUGAGAGAUUAGUUUAUUUUCUUUUCUAACACACACAUAUUACAAAAUUGUGACCAAAUUAAAGGCUUUUACUUUUUAGUGCAGGCACACAAUUAUCAUGACAAACCAUUAAAGACUGACUUCACUAGUUUCCACAGUUACCCAGAACGUCAUGAGUAGUGAUAAGUUUUUAGUACUUCCUCACGCUGUGCUUUUUCUCCAUUUUUAUUGUGUUUCAUUGACACAUUUCAGAUGGGUUUUCCUCCUGUGAAGUUGCAUUGUUGGUCAAGAGGGGCACGACUUGGGCAGCUGCCCCAGAACAGCAUCUGACAGUCGAUUGUCCCGUCAAACACUGUGGAGAAUCGCUUAAUGUCACCUGGUGUAAACUCAGCAACACAGACCGAUGUGAACAUAUUAAUUUUGCAGAGCAUACAGGAGUAGAACAGAAUUUCAGACAAGAAAAGGAUAAAAUAAUCUCAUAUUUGACUUUUGAACGGAUUUCCAUUCAUGAUGACGGCCUGUACAGAUGUGUUUUAUUAAGUUACAAAGAAGAUCCUAUCAGUCACAUAAUCAACAUCUCAGUUUCAGGUUGGUAUAUUUUCUUUUCUAUUUUGAUCAAAUUGAAGUGUAAGACUCAAGUGUAAGUGUAACAUUUCUAAUGCUGAUUUUGAACAUGUUUUAUAAAUUUACAGAUUCAUACUCGGGGGUUCAAAACUUACAGAUUCCAGGUAAGAACUUUCUUGUGAACUGCUUCAUAAUCCGUACACUUUGAAGUAAAGAGACUAAGACUGUGAUUCUUGUUUUGCAGAUGCUGCACGUAGAGCUGCUGAUCCGAAAACUGUUGAGAAUAUUGGGGAUGCCUUCUGGCUGCCCUACUUCUACAUCUGUAUUAGCAUAGCCCUCUUGGCUGUCGUUCUGACAGUUUUAACCUUCAUCAAGUUAUGCAGCUGGAAACGUAAGAACAUGACACUGUAGUCAGAGUCUGAAUUAAAGUCUUAAUUUAACCACCAAAUGAAUAUUGAUUAACUGAUUUUGACUGCCAUCUUUGCAGGGAUACUGACAGUGACCCAGACAAAGGGGCAGGUAAGUUGCAUCUUGCGCAAACUAGUUCACAUGUUGUUUUACUUUAGUUUCAAUGAUAUGAAGGUUGAAGGGACGAUUGUUCUUUCCUCACUUGUUCAAUUUUUUUGUUGUGACAGGAAAUAGCCACCUAUGCAAUACCUGACCUGCCCAAGGGAAGCGCUCCAUCUAUUUCUGUCCUGCCAGUGAACUUCCAAGUUCAGAAUGACAGCUAUCAACCUGCAGUGAGACCAGCAUCACAAGCUCCCCCGAUGACUUGUGGGAACCAGUCUGCAGUGGUGAACACAGUAGAGGAAAGUCAGGGGUCAGACCACGCAGUAUAUGCUGUAGUUAACCGCCCAAAGGCUGAGAUACCCGUCCGAGAACUACAUAACCAUACAGCAGGAAAUAAGAACACAGAAUAUGCUAGCAUCAAAUUUCGUAGCUCAUCAUAGACGCAAUAAAAACUGUGAUGGAAAAUAUACAUAAGUAUGUGGAGGUGUUGUGUAACUGAGUUAUCCACUUCACUGAAGUGGAGGUGGUCGUAGGAAACUUGUGGUCAUGAACAGGCACAGUGCAGUCAGAGUUAAUAACCUCAGCUGGGCAUGAAGCAGCUGUGAAUGUAUCAGAUCACCUCCAGGUUUAUUCCAAGUGAUGCAGCUUUGUCUUUAUAAUUUCUUGUUUGUUUUCCCCUCAGUUAAGUGACUUAGAGAAGGUCCUUUUUUUAAUACUUAUUGAACUUUGGUUUUCAGUCGGUUAAAAAAAAUACACUGCCAAAUUUUAGAAGGCAUCUUUAUCUUGCACCAAACAAACAAAAAACACAUUUUCCUUUGCUUAUGAUCUUUUGACAAUACAUUAUUUUAAUUUUAUUUUUA